AACCACAGCGACAGCAAAGUCACCCUCUACGAGGCGGAGAACUUCCAGGGGCGGAAGUUUGAGCUGAGCGACGACUUCCCCUCGCUGCAGGCCAUGGGCUGGGGCAACAAAGAGGUGGCUUCUAUCAAGGUGAACUCGGGAGCGUGGGUCGCGUACCAGUACCCGGGGUACCGGGGCUACCAGUACGUGCUGGAGCGGGACCGGCAGAACGGCGAGUUCCCGAAGUACACAGAGUUCAGCUCACAGGCCCACACCAACCAGGUCCAGUCCAUCCGCCGCGUCCAGCACUGA